AUGGUCGUCCACAUCCGCGGUUGCAACUCCAGCACCACAGACAGCUCCCUCUCCAGCUCCAGCCUCGGCACCGACGCCUCCCUGUGGGACUCCGCCGCGACCCAGAGCCCCGGCGGGCUGAGUCGCACCGGCCACACGGUGGUGGCAGUAUGCCUCGGCUUCAUCCUAGUGGCGGGACUCCUCAACAACUUUCUCACUCUGCUCGUAUUCUCAAAGUUCCGCUGCCUCUGGACGCCCAUCAACCUCAUCCUGGUCAACAUCAGCCUGAGCGACAUCCUGGUGUGCGUUUUCGGGACUCCGUUCAGCUUCGCGGCGAGUCUGCGCGGCAGGUGGCUGAUCGGAGAGUACGGCUGCAAGUGGUACGGGUUCGCCAAUUCCCUGUUUGGCAUUGUGUCCCUGGUGUCCUUGGCUGUUCUCUCCUAUGAGCGCUACACCACCGUGCUGCAGUCCUCCCAGAUUGACAUCUCAGACUUCAGGAAGGCCUGGCUGUGCAUCGGAGGCUCCUGGCUCUACUCUCUGCUCUGGACACUGCCACCUCUCCUAGGUUGGAGCAGCUACGGGCCCGAGGGUCCUGGUACCACUUGUUCUGUCCAGUGGCACAUCCGCUCACCCACCAGCGUCUCCUACGUGUUGUGUCUCUUUAUUUUCUGCCUGCUGCUGCCCCUUCUGCUCAUGGUCUACUCUUAUGGUCGAAUCCUGGUUGCCAUCAGGAGGGUGGGUAAGAUUAAUCUGAUGGCAGCUCAACGCAGAGAGCAGCACAUUUUGGCAAUGGUGUUGUCCAUGGUGUCCUGCUACAUGCUGUGCUGGAUGCCCUACGGCAUCAUGGCGCUGAUAGCCACCUUUGGUAGGUCGGGACUGGUCACCUCCAUGGCUAGUGUGGUGCCCUCCAUCCUGGCCAAGUUCAGCACUGUUGUCAACCCCGUUAUCUACGUGUUCUUCAACAACCAGUUUUAUAGAUGCUUUGUGGCCUUCAUGAAGUGCAGCAGUGAACCCCACACUGUUCAAGGAGAGGAGCACCCAACUCUGAGGACUAAGCUGUCAGGUUUCUUUCAUGUUCACAGACAAGCCUCCCUCAGCUCCUCACAACCUCAGAUCCUCAGCAGCAACAGAAAUGCCGCUCUCUGCAGCCGGCACACCCUUUUUGUCCACUACACUCCAUAAAAAGUUUGUAUAUUUUUCAUCUGUAAAAAAAAAAAAAAA